AAUCAACUAUACCUGGUUAACGUUAGCAUACAGUUAGCUUGCCUUAGCUGUUACUGAGAACUAAGUUCAUUGCAUUGAAAGUCUCAUUGAUCUUUUAUGAUCUAUGUUUAUACACAUAGCCUAUACAUACUAUUAAAUAUCGGAAAAUAUUUAACAUUGGUGGAAACAAAAAAUGAAGUGGUUUCAGUCACAUGGUGCUGCCUCGCUGAUGGAGCCAGAUGAGAGAGGCAGGAGGCGAGCCCCUCCGGUUGCGCGUCAGCAUCCCCUCAAAUAGGAAUCCGCUGCUGUCACUUCUGCUCUACAUGCUGAGAGACGGACGACUGUAACCCUGAAACAACAAUUAAAGCCCAGAUUCACUGUGAUGUCAAAGAAGAAGAGUAACGGGAGGCUGUGAGGAGGCUGGAGCUUUUUUUUGUUGCAAAGAAUGAUAGUGAGGAUCAAGGCGCGCUGUCCCAGGAGAACUCAUCCGAAGAGCUGGCCGUGAGACACCGGGAUGCUCCUCUAACGCACCGGGGGGUUUUCCUGAGCAGACGGUCUGUGUGGCAGAGUUUGAGCUCGAGUGGAAGUGAGUGAGUGAGCGAGAGGGAGUGUAUGUCAUGGAUGACAACGGGCUAAAUUACGGGUACCAUCCCUACCGAAACUUGCUGCUCCUGGGAGCCAUUGCAGCAGCAUCCGCCUUUGUGGUCACCAUCCUCAUCGUCCUGGUCUGCGUGGGCUGCCAAAGAAAAAACAAGAGCAAGCACCCCCCAGCCGGACAGAAAGGGACAUCUGUAAAUAUGCAGGGCACCCUUCGACAUCCUAAACUGAACCCCAUGAGCAAAUCUGACACCAGGCUGCAUGAGAUCAAUCGCUUUCCCUGCAAUGGAAACUCUGUUAGUAAGAGCCGUCCAGCCAGUAUGGACCUCCUGCUCCUCCACAGCCGGCGCUCCCAGACGGACCUGAGGCCCUCCCAUGGGCGCCAGCUUCCCCAGAUCCCCACCAGUCCCCAGGGAUCUGGUCAGGGGGGAGGGGGGGAAACAGGAGGAGAUGGGGGAGGAGGAGGAGGUGGAGGAGGAGGGGGGGAGGCUAGAGACCACACCUACACUGAGGUGGGCCUGCGGAACAAUCCAACCCCCACCCAUUGCCUGGACGACGGACUAUACGAAAGUGUAGGUGUCCGGGAAGGUGACGCGGGCCCCAAGGUCCCUUCUGCUCCACCACCCACAUCAACUAACACUCCGGCUUCAAUCAGAGCUGCCCAAAGCCCCCAAAUUCAGCCCAAUGGAGCCCGUAAUGGAAACGGGCAUGGGAAUGGUGGCAGAGGGAAUGGCAGAGGGAACAGCACCAUUAACGGACCGAUGACAGGAAGAGGUAAUGGGGCAAGUGGGGUCAACAGGUCACCUUUGCCCUCUGUCAACUCCCUAGCCAUCCAAGAUCCAGCUGCAGCUGAGUAUGCUUCCAUACGGAAGUUCAGAAAGGUUGACAAGACAAACAGGAAGGAAAAUAACGGGGCCGACAGCCAGUCAGACAGCCAAUCGAGCGUGAGUGAUUCACCCUCUACUGCUCCUCCUCCACUACAUCGCAGUCAGGAGUUGCCACGCAAAACGCUGGAACCGUUUCACCUCCACUCCUUCCCAAAGGAGGCCGUGUUCAUGGGCAACGGGGAGCAGUACAUCUGGAAGCCGCCAGAAGAUGAUGACAUCAUCACCUUGCACCCACCUCCACACCGCAUAGAGAACGGACAGGGGCACCCAUCGCCUCCAACUGCAAAGGAGAUUGCAGAUACCUACUCCAUUGUAUGUAAAACCCAGAAGAAGAAACCUCCCAUGGAAAACAACGGAGCAAAGACCCUCCCACGCUCCUUCGGCGGGGAUAGAGGAACCCGGGGCAGAGGCCGAGGAGUCCAGGCCCAGGCGCGAUCCCAGGAGGAACCCUGCUAUGAGCCGGUGGGAGACAGGUCCUGGCCCACAUGCGCAGUGGCCGAGUCCGACCCUGCGUAUGCCACUAUUGACACCCACCGGAAACGUGAGCAGGCGGGAACCAAUAACAGCACAGCUGGGGGUAGUGCCACUCUAAAGAGAAAGAAGCAGCAGCAGCAGCAGCAGCAGCAGCAGGCGCCACCAGCGGUACCUCAGGGCUCAGGACCCACCGCCCCGCCUGUUAGAGGCCUGCCUGGUGGGGAAAACUUCUAUGAGACCAUCAGCGAUGUGAAACAAGGGGGCAACAGCUCCAGCACCACCACCAUCUUCACCUUUAAUGAUGGGAUGGAGAUGUACGUCACUGGCCUGUAGCUGGCUGACAGGCAGAAAGGGCCCAGAAUCCAUGAAAGGGACCUUCCUGUUCACUGGCAAACAGGUUGCUGUACAUAGAUACAAGGCCCUCUAUAGACAAACAACAUGAAGAUCCAUUUUGUGUUGACAUCAGGUACAAACAGGGUCUUAAUCCAGGUUCAGACUUCCCUUGAUUGGUCUGUAGUUCAGAACCAGCCUAAGCCUAGUCCAGCCCAAAUAAGGACCAAAUAUGUUUUAACAACAACAAAAAAAGAAAAACAGGAAAACUGCAAUAUACAUCUUCAACCCACUGUGUCACUGACCAUACUCACCUGUUUGUCCAUCAUUUUCCAUAGUAUCUUUAUUUUUAUAUGAACACUGUCUCUUUAAAGAGUAUGUGAUGUAACUCACAACCUGAGAAGAACACACUUUUAUAUAUAUAUAUAUAUAUAUAUAUAUAUGUGUGUGUGUGUGUGUGUGUGUGUGUGUGUGU